CAAUUCAUUUUUAAACAAUGUCUCUCGCAAACAACAUGACCAGACGUCUUGCCUCGACCGUUAACGUGGAAAUAAAUAAAAAGGGCGUAGCCCUGCUGACCAUGCGACGCCCCCCAGUAAACAGCCUCAACUCCGAUCUCUUAGGGGCCCUAAAAAUCACCCUAAACGACCUGGAGAAGGAGCGCGUGGCAGGUGCCAUCCUUACAAGUGCUUUAAAGACAUUCUCAGCCGGCCUGGACCUCACUGUUCUCUAUAAACCACAUCCAGAGAAGGUUAAGGAACUGUGGAACAGUUUGCAAGACGCCUGGAUCGCUCUGUACAGCUCCAGCUUCCCCACUGUAGCGGUGAUCAACGGUCCAGCCCCUGCUGGGGGUUCUUUAUUGCCCAUGUGCUGCGACUACAGACUGAUCGUGCCCAAAGCUUACCUGGGCUUAAGUGAGACCCGAUUGGGGUUGAUUUCACCCCCUUUAUUCGCCGCUACUAUGAUAAACAUCAUAGGGAGGAGGCAUAGCGAGUUGGCUUUGACUGCUGGGAAGUUGUUCUCUAGUGAGGAGGCUUUAAACGUCGGGCUGGUAGAUGAAAUAGUGGCGAGUAAGGAGGAGGGGCUGGACAAGGGUUAUGACUUCUUGCAAGGGUUUAAGGACGUUUCUCCUUGGGGUAGAAAUCGUUCCAAGCAAAUGCUUAGAGGGAGGACCCUUAGGAACAUGGUGGAAGGACGCGAGGAGGAUUUGAAGGGGUUUGUGGAGAUGGUGCAGCGACAGGAUGUCCAACAAUAUAUUGAGGACUAUUUAAACAGUUUAAAGAAGACGUCACAGGAUAAAUCAGAAAUAAAAAACACUCCUUAAAUGAAAUAUUUACAAAUUUAUAAAAAAAACUCUAUAUAGAGGGUGAAACGAUCUGAAAUAAACAUAAACGAUUUAAUUAAACUAUUCCCCUUCUAUCCUUAA